UGGGAAAUGCCUAUUACUCCUGUCUUGAUUGCAUGGGACUGGACUAGAUGACCUAUUGAGGUCCUUUCCAGUCCUAUACUUCUAUGAUUCUAUGAUAUUUGCAUGACUGGAAAUCUUCUCUACUUCAUUCCUUUUGACCUUAUAACUCAUUAUUUUCAAGGCCUUUAUUUACAACACACAUGUAUAUUUCCUUAACUAAACUUAUUUUUAUUAUCCUACAUGUGUGUAACCUGAACCUCUUGUUCUUAGGUAGAUUGUGGAGAGGGCAGGACUGGGGAUUUGCUUUACGUACACACCUAGCUCCUUUCAGCUGGACACUGAAACUUUCAUUUUAUUUCUUCACCUGCCACUCAGGCCUCACACAAGAUACCAACUAUGCCGAAGAUCUUGAUCCUCCCAGCGCUGCUUGUUUUGCUUAUGCCUCCUCUCAUACAAGCACAAGAGGAUCUAAGUGGGGACAAAUCUGAGGAAUCUGGUGCCUUUGAAUCUGAGCAAGCAAGUGAGGAGCUUAGUGGAGAAGCAUGUGGGGAACCUAGUGGACAAGUCAGUGGAGAGCUAGGCUGGGAGCCCAGUGGGCAACCUAUGGGUCAAUCCAGCCUCCCCGAGGAAAGCAGUGGAAGUGGAUCUGACCCCUCAUAUGAAAUAGAUUGAGGUGGAUGAAACGUCCCCCCCCGACUCCCUUCACAUCAUCAGCUGCAUUGAAGGAAAAUUCAAGCCUCAAAAUGAGAAACACAACAUCACCCUUGAGAAAUGAGUGUGUAGAGCAUUAGCAAGAGUGCUGUUGAGUUUCUUAAAUUUCUAAUAUUUCUGAUUAUUCUCUUAAUAAAGUAUUUAGGGUGCAUUAUAUUCUGAAAAGUGACUGUAAAAUGGUGACUUUUCAUUCAGUAGCUCUGCUGUGUGCAUGUAUCAAACUCAGAGUGACUGACUUUAAUGACUAAAAUAUGGUUUUUAUGUGCGUUCAUCCUGAAGAGCCAUCACAUUUCAGAAGCUGGAAUCUAUGCCUUCUUCUGCAUCAUCCACAGAAUUAUUUACUGAAGUCUGGUUACACUUGUGCAAAGCCAUUGAUGGGAAUGGGACUGCACAAGUGUUACCGAGGCAGAAUUUGUCCUGGAGUGCUUUUAUUAUUGAUGGAGAUGUAUGGGAAUAAAAGAACCCUGCUUGAUUCUUGGAGCUCAGGCUGAGUUUACAGAGUCAGCAACUUGAAAAAAUACUAAAAUUCAAAUUAGUCCAAUUUCAGUGUAAAUUGUCUGUUGCUUUUUCUCUUCUUCUACAAUGUUUGAUAAUGGCAAC